CAGGAACAGCCACCUCUCUCGGUUGCCAAGGAGCUGCGUCCUCGGUCGCUGUCAUGGAGCAAGCGUACACAGACAGGCGUCCGCACGUAUCGACUUUUGCGGAUUUUUGUUCUCACUCUUUUACAUAACAGAAUGAAGCUGCUACUGUUCAGGAGAGGCUGCUGCGAUGUGGAUUUCACCAUUCCCGCUACAAGUGUCACUUCGCCCUGAAAAUGGUUGAGUGACUUAAUCCGCUGUCCCGCCGCCGUUAGCUAAGAAGGAGCUAAGAAGUUAGCAGCUGCUAGCAGCCCGAACCUUCCGGUCUGGUCGGUGUCAGCAACUAUCGGCAGCCUCAGACGAUGCAGGACAACUUCUCCUACUACUCAUACUCGAGGCUGCGAGACGAUGGGAGUGUGGAAAAGGAGAGACAGCUUUUGGUUGAAGAGCAGACGCUGUGCAGAGCCCGAGCACGCAAAUUCUCCCUGGAAACGAACCGACGCAGGAAGGCUUUGGAUGAAAGACGGAAGCAGUGGGAUGUGCAGGAGCAGCGGCUGAGAGAGCGCAUCCUACAGCAACGCAGGCUGCAAGUACAGGAUGCCACUGAGCGUUUCCAGAGAGCCCAUCUGCCCCCUCCUCAGAGGCACAGACAGUCUUUUAAAAGAAAUGUCCCAAAUAUUGAAGAUGCACUCCGUCAGAUUCAAGACACCUUGAGUUUGUACACUCAGCAGUCCUCUCUCUUAUCCAGCAGCACAAAUGUUAGCAGAAGCUGCACUCCAUCACCUAAGCCACCCACCGCUUCUCAAUCCUCCCACCGCCAAGCGCUGUCAGCUGUGGAGGCCUACACAAAACUCCUGCAGGAACAGAGCAGAGCGGAGAAGCAGCACGAUCACAGUCCACAGGGUAGCUACCUGUCUGAUUCCCGUGUUUCUGAGAGUCUUUCAAGUAAGGAUAGUUUGGAGAAUGAGGAUCCCACCCGCAGCACAAAAACUCUGCAGUGUUCGUAUUCAUCAUUUUUGCUUGGCGCGGAGAACGCCCACCAAGAUCCAAGAAAGCAAGACGAUUUGUGUCGUCAGACAUCAGAGCUGACCUCAGUCUCAGCGGUGAUGCUUCUUGGUGAUAACUUAGCCCAAGCACAUAAAUGGCACGAAGCAAACCAGGAAAAACUAGAGGACUUUGACCGGUCUAAUAAUAAGAUGCAUGUUUCUAAAGCCUCCUGGGGAUUCACAUCUGCUGAACAAAAACUUAAGACAGAGAUCCCGUCUACUCUGCACAACUGUAAUGUAUCAGCUCUUAGCGGCAACCCAGAGCCCUUUGAGGUAAAAACUCCACCGAGCAACAGUGGCAACAUCAUUAUUGCAAAUAUAGCUGCUCUUGGCAACGGCGCACUCAAUUCUUCCUGUCCUAAACAGGAAGAAUCGAUGGAUCCCACGCAGGAGAGGAUCCACGAUGACAGACAUUUAAAAUAUCCAACUACAGAAAUUCCUUUGCCUGCCAAAAAUAGCAACAGCAGAGACGUUUUGUUUGGGGUUCCCCCGAGGCAAAAUAUUUUCUCAACAACAACAGAUAAUUUGCCAAAAGGAGCUCUUCAGCAAACGGGAAAGGAAAGCAGCUCUCUGUCAUCUCAUAAAGAGCUCAGUGCUUCCAUAAACAAUCUCAAUAAGGUUUCAAACUUAGAGUCCAACACUAAGAAGCCAAUAAAUACAGAAUCCGUGGCGCAUACCUGCUUGUCUAAUAUUGAGUCAGCUACACACAAGUGUCAUGAAUGUCCUGAGAAGGAAGUGAUAGAGGCAUCUCAUUCAGUAUGUGAGGUCAGAUUUAUUAAGGGAAUUCUUAAAAAGCAAUCCAAAUACAGCGACGCCGUGUGUGUGUACAGCUCAGGGCGUCUGAUUUUUGCAAAACAAGUAGCUUUAGCGAUCAGGGAUAGUGUUGAAUUAGCACGGAGAAAAACAAGGGAUCUCGGGGGCAACAACACUGUCAAAAAGAAGCUGCGCUGGUUUGAUGAAGUGCAUGUGGAAAAAGAGGAGGAAAAACAGAACGCAGUGAAACUGAUGAAAGGCAAAUCCUCCAACCCGUGUCAACCAAAAAACAGCUCAGACGACCACCAGCCACGUCUGAGCGCGCUCUCAGGGACUCCCAAGAAUGGGCCCAGCGUGACCCCCGCAACCUCGGCUGGUUAUCACUUUACAAAAGAAGCUUGGGCAGAUGUUCACGUCAGCUUGCCCCAGCAACAAGCAGAUGAGGUCAAGGCGCAGCGCAGCAGCACCAGAGCCAGUGGCCCCAAGGUCCCUCGGAGAGAGCGCCCCGGCAGAGCGGGUCCCGUUUCCUCCCGAACAAGAAAGGGCACCGUCAUGCGACCUCAGUCUGCCACCGAGGUUGGUCGGAUUGCCAAAACCCAAGGGAAGCUCAUGGUGCCCCGCCCACCUCCUCGCGUGGAAUCCGUGGAGGAAAAGACGCCGUGCGUCACUAAGACUCCAUAUGGCAGGGAUCAUGCGAGAGCCAUUAAUAAACAGGCCGUGGCUGUAGAGCAGGUCCUGCGCAGGAACAGCUCAGCUAAAACACAUAAUGCAAUGACCACAGAAAGUACUGUUUUGGACACGCCGCUGAUACCCUCAUACACCUGCCCAUUCUCAGAGGGCGACACAGUGAGCAUGCCCAGCUUGGGUCAUCAGGAAACUGACCACUGCAGGAGGAGGAGAGGGACAGCACACAAUGAAAAAGACCUCUGUUUAGACUGCACUCCCACAGAAGAGGAAAUUUCCCAGCUCUGGCACAGUGUCCGCAGUGCCUUAACCACAAAGGAUGCAAAAGCCAUAAUUAAAGGACCAACCGUGGAGAGUGGGCAGGUUUUAAGGAAAGCCUGCAUUGAGCAGAGCAGACAGACUCCUGGCUCAGGGAACAGAAGACUUCUUCAGACCUCUCAGCUGCUCAAACCAUUUCCCAGUACUCACAACUCCGCCUUCCCAGAUGAAGAUUUUGAGAGCGCAGCUGACGUGCACGCUAAAGGCCGUCUGGAAGAACGGGAUAUAGUGGGUGCCAUGGAGACAGUCCAAACACAGAGACAUGGAACGGUGCAGCAGUGCGGCCGGCAGCAGGGGCUCACCACCAUUUCCUUGGAGGAGAAGAACAUACUGCUCUGUCUGGAUCGACUCAACCACCAGCUUCAGUGUAUGCAGGAGCAUGCUGGGGGUAAUACUGGCGUGCAUGGUCUUGUACUUAGUGAUGCAACCUAUGCAGGAGAAGUAAAAGCAUCAGCCCAUAACAAACACCAUGCAUCCUCAGCUAACAAUCGCUCUCGAUACCAGAAGAGGUCCUGACUUGACGCUUAAAGCGGCCUUCAGCCCCGAUCGGUGCGUGCUGUGCUGCAGCAUGCUGUCGACACGAGCACUUACUAUCCUGCAAAGAGGGAUUUUUACAAACCAUAUCAGCAGACUUAGAGCACACUUAGCGCGCGGGCAUAACAAAAAGGUUUUUUGGGUCACUGACGAUCGAGCAGUCCAAUUCUGAAGUGCCUGUGUGAAAGCUUCGAUAUGUUUUUGUUUUUAAAAAUGCAAAGAUGCCCUUCCUACGAUCAACACGUGACCAGCAAAAUAUACAGACACUGUAAAUGUGUGUUAAAUGUGCACUGUUGUAUCAUUCUGUAUUUAUUUUAUAAAGUAAAACUAUGACCUUGUGGACUGUUUUGUAACCAUAUUGACA